AUGACGCGCCGGUACCCGGCAAUCACCUCGGCAAAGGCGACGGCCAGCAGCAGCUGCAGCUGGGGGCCGGCGCGGCACGUCGGACAGUCGAGCAGGCGGCGCGCCAGCCCCGCCGCCUCACGCGCGGCCGAAAGCACCGAAUCCACAGAAGACGUCGUAGGAAUGCCAUCGUCGCCAGUUGUUGCUGUUGCUGUUGGCGGUGUUGUCGUUGUCGAGGUAGUAGUGGACCGGUGCGGCGAGUUGCCGCACCGGCGCAUCAACCCCACGAUACCGAUGGCGAUGCUGGUGCAGGAGCCACCCCGGGGCCCUUGGGCGUUCCUGCAUGCCGCCACAGGGCCUUGCUGCUCUACAACAGUAGGAAGGGAAGCGGCCUGGGAUGGCGGCGUGACGGCAGCACGCUCUUGUGCGGGGGGCCCCAAGUGGCAGGGCGCCGUCGCCGCCGCCACGGGGAGUGGGCAGGAAAGGUCUGGGUGGGAGGAGAGCGAUCCCAGGGCCGUGGCUGCCCACAUUUCGUCGUCGUCCGGCCACUCGGAUGACAUAUCGGCAUCCGCGUGGUCGACGAUGUCGGUCGCCGCCGCCGCCAGGGAGUCACCAUAA